UUUAUCCGCAUUUCUUGAGGUGAUUAUUUAUUCAGACGGGAAGAUUCACGAGCCUUCAUUGUCGAAAAUCGAGUAAAUCUCGAAACGGAGUAGUUCAGCUCUGAUGUUGAUUCAGUAACCGCUGAAGAAUUCAUUCAGGGAGUCGUUAAUCUGAUUCAAACCAGGAACGUGAGUGAAAAUGAAUCACGACCAGACGCUGUUCAAAUGAGUCAAAUUGGUGAAUCGAACAGUUCAGACUGGAAAAUUACUUUUAUAAAUCAGCCAUAUAUUUUUCUUUUUAAUGUUGUGGUGCCGCCGGGGAGUACGCAACAAACUGCUAAGAAGAGUUAAAAACCAGUGGAUCGAUAACCGCUAACGCGAUUGAAAUCCAGUCUGUAUGUGUAAUAUGAUUAAGACAAUUAAAGUUUUUAAAGACGUUUAUUUCUGAGAGGAAUCGGAGAAAACUUACAGUGCGCUGCGCGGAGCUCCGCGACCGUUAGCUGACGUUCCGUUAUUGCCAUGGCAACUGUGGAUUUGUGACGUGGCGAUGACGUCACAGAGCAUAGUAUAUAAAUUGAUGCGAGUCAGUAGAACGACAGAGAGCUUUGGAGAGUUUGAGGGUGAUUUUACUGCUAUAGACGAGAGCCAGUCCUUAUUGAGUCUUUAUAUACAGUUUAUAGACACAGUUUAAACAGACAGUUUGAUUACUGUACAGUGUUAAGUACAGAUUAUUGAUCUGUCAGUCUCCGAACACCACACAAUGUCCACAGAGGUCAGAGAGGUGCUUCUGGAGGUUUACCUCAACGGUGCCUUCUACUGCAGGGAAAGUUACUGGGCAUCAGAUGAUAAAGAUGUGCAGCUGGAGUUUGAGAUCACCAAUGCCAUCUAUGACCUUCUCGGCUGCAGCGCAUCUCAAGAGAUAGAUGUGCAGCUGGAGUUUGAGACGGACGAUCACGUCUCAGUCGGUCACUGCAGUCCAGGAGAGAUGCACAUGGAGCUGGAGACUGAUGAGAAUCAGAACAUCUCAGUCUGUGAAGUGAAAGACUUGCAGCUGGAGAUGAACAGGAACGUCAGCGUCUCAGAGCUGAAGAAGCCUGCGCUGGUGUCUGAAGAUCUGAGAGACCCAGCAGGACCUUCAGUGGAAGACAGCGGUGUUCAGGAGAACAGCCCGACAGAAAGCACUGCUGGGUGGAUGUUCAAGAAAAUAAGUGCAGUCUUCCAGCAAUUGACUGCAAUCUUCCAGACAAAUGCACUGAAUGCUGUUGGGAAACCUGAAGUGGAUCUUCUUGAUCCAGAGGAAUCAUUUGCUCCAGAUCCCAGCAUUUCCAAGCAAGAACCUGAAGUGAAUCUGGUCGAUACCGAGCAGUCAUGUAUCCCAGAACCUGAAAUGGAUCUUCUUGAUUCAGAGGAAUCAUGUCUCCCAGAUCCCAGCAUUCCCGAGCCAGAACCUGAAAUGAAUCUGGUCGAUAUUGAACAAUCGUGUGUCCCAGAUCCCAGCGCUCCUGCUCCAGGACCUGAAGUGGAUCUUGUUGAUCCAGAGGAAUCCUGUGCACCUGGUCCAAGCGUUCCCGAGCCAGAACCUGAAGUGACAUCAGAGCAUUUAAGUUUGGAAAACUGCAUCCGUCUUAAUGUGUCCAAGCUGGAGGAUCGUUUGAGGGAAUGUACAGUGUCCAAGACUCCUGUCACUGAGGUCUGGCCCAGGGUCUUCAUUGGAAAUGAAGAGACUGCAUGGGACCGAGAUCAACUGAAGGAGAUGGGAAUUACUCAUAUCCUUAAUGCUGCAGCGCCAAAAAAGGACCUGAAGUUCUUGUUGGGAAUGGCAAGCGAGAAAGACCUACUAGGAACGGUCAACACAGGGUCCAGAUAUUACAGAGGCAUGAACAUGACUUACUGUGGCCUGCCUUCGUUCAGACACUGGGCCAAUAUCAGCAAGUACUUCUUGCCAGCAGCCAAAUUUAUCCAUAAGGCUUUGAGGAACCCAACGAGUAAGGUGUUGAUUCACUGCACACAGGGUCUUAGCCACUCGGCGACUCUGUUUCUGGCUUAUCUGAUGAUCUGCCAUGACAUGAUGGUGGAGGAGGCCAUUGAUCAUGUCAUAAAAGUGAGAUGCAUCAAGCCCUAUUUCGGCCAUCUGAAGCACCUGGCGUUCCUCAAUGAUGACCUUGUGCUGCAGCGAAAUCUAAAGCUACAGGGGGGGAAAACAGACAAAAAGAUGAACAAAUGGCAGGUUAAGACAAAAUAGAACACAGAUUUGAAAAAUGGUGCAGAGAUUAAAAAAGAAAAAACUAGAAUAAUUUGAAAUGUAUUAUUGAAUAUUAAAUGUAUUAAAAAUGAGACAAAAGAGGUUGUGGUAAGUGUGUCUGAUUUCUGAAUUCCCUCAUCUCUAGAAAUAAAUACCAAGCUUGAGUAGAAAAUAAAACAU